AUGAAUGAGUCAGAAAUUUAUUAUGCAGAUUUCUUGAAGAAAGAAGACCUCACUGGUAAAUGGCGGUUUUACUGGGCUUCGCUUGAUUGUAAAGGGAUUUAUUUUUACUUGGGGAAAACUCUAGAACAAAACGGCAAUUUUCAGCAGUUUAUCGAGCUCACUCCAGGAUCGAGAUGUGUGUUGGCCAAGCGACGAAUGUACAGCUUUCGUUUCAAACUGCUCACUGAGGAAGCGUCUUACACGUUGAAAUGCGACUCGAUUUUACGAAGACAUCGAUGGAUGUACAUGAUAAACCUAGUUGUGAGGGGCCGACCGCGAGAACCUCCACCAAAUUCUUUAAAUUGUCUGGUUAUCACCGACGCUACCGACAAUAAUACGAGCAAUGAUGACGAAAAAGACUCCUUGAAAUCUUCAGGUUUUACUCGUACAUUUUCAUUCAGAAAGAUCAAGAGCUGGAAGAACCAAAAUAACAGCCUUCCACCGGCUCGAUGUUUACGCAAGAACGAGAACACGAUUAAGGAGAAUUGUCAGAAAACCUCUUAUAUUGAUUGCAGCUUUAACUUUGCGGAGAACUUGGCAUACUUCGACGAUUAG